AUGGCGGCGGGCCCGGCGCAGCUGCCGGCGGUAUGCAACCGGCGGCUGGCGGAGUUCCUGCGGCAGGUGGACGAUACCGACUUGGUGUGGCUGGAGGAGAUCCGUGAGGAGGCGGCCAGGAUGUUCAGCAGCCACUACAGUGACGAGCCGGAGCUGAUGCCCAAGACGCCGUCGCAGAAGAACCGGCAGCGGAGGAAGCGCCUUUCCGCCCUGCGGGAGGAGAACCAGGAGCUGGGCAGGAAGAGAUUAUCCAGAAGGAGGAAUAGCAGUCUCAAACUGGUACCCUCCACGCGAUAUUCUCAACGACUCCGAAAUAAAGAAAACCUGGAACUAAGCAGGGCUGAGGCCAAAGAAGUCUCUCCACCUCAGCGUGUGACAAGAUCCCAGGCUGCAGCAUCCACUAAAAGCUCAGAGGUCGUUCCUGAGACCCCUCCUGUCCAGCAAGCAGAAGGGAAGGUUCCCUUAGAAGAAGCUGACAUCAGUGAUUGCAUUAGCGCUGAGCUACACCUCCAGAAGAGCGCAUCUAAACCAGCAGAGAAGCUCUCCACGACCAUCCUCUUGAGCUCAGAUGAUGGCUCUCCCAAGGAAAGCAGGGUUGCCAAAUCGCCGCCCGUGCCUGCAGCCUCUGAGCUGAUGGUCCCCUGUAGCCCCGAGGUAAACGAUGCAGGAGAAAGCGAGGCUGCAUCGAAGCUGAAGACAGCAAAGGCAGCUAAUACUACAGUCAUUUUAAGUGAAGAGCCUAGUCUGGAGGAGGUAGAUGUCUCUGCUCAGGUACAAGAAGGGUCUGAUAAGGAGCCUUCCCAGCGCAUAAGGGAUAGCCCAGGGACUCCGACAGGCUCUAGGCUGAGCCGUCGCUCAGUGCGCAGAAGUCUGAUGGGUAAAACUUCCAUGACUCGCCGAACCUCCUUGGCAGAGAAAUACUCGCUAGCCAGCAAGAGGGAAAGUAUGAUCCGCAAAUCUAUCACCAGGACAAUGGUCAAGAGGAAGGCAGCUCGAAAGUCAUCCGUGUCCUCCAGUCGCGUGGAUGUCUCCAGCUCUGGAGAGGUGCCAGAGGAUGAAGAAACAGUUGUCAAAACUGGGCCUCCUCCUGGACCUUGUACCCCCUCCAAGUUGAAUCCCCAAAGUCCGCGAAUGUCACUUCGCUCUCGAACUGUCAGCAGAAACGAACAGCCGCGGGAGACGAGCAACAACGAAAGCAACUUAAAUAGGAAUGGGGAGACCCAGGAACCACCCCAGAGUGCCAGGAGAAAGCCAAGUUACAAAAGAGCUGUGGAUGAACGCUAUGACAGUCAGCAAGCAGAAGAUGGAGGGCUUUCUCCUCCGAGAAGAAAGACCCCAUCCCCUACCUUUCCAGCCAGCAAAGUUGUACGUCCUUUCAAAACAUUUUUGCACACUGUGCAGAAGAACCAGCUCCUCAUGACGCCAAGCUCUGUCGGGAGAAAUGGAGUAAUAAAAUCUUUUAUCAGGUACAACACUCCUCUCCAGUCCGAUGCCAAGGAAAAGGAGAGACAGAAGCUAGAGACUCUGAGGAAAAAGCAAGAAGCUGAGCAGCUGAGAAAACAAAAACUGGAGGAAGAAAAGAAACGGCGACUAGAAGAGGCAAAGCUGAAGCGUGAGGAGCGCCUGCGCAAAGUGUUGCAAGCUCGGGAACGGGCAGAGCAAAUAGAGGAGGAGAGGAAAAGGCGCAUUGAACAGAAGAUAGCUCUGUUUGAUGAGAAGACUGAGAAGGUGCGGGAAGAAAGGUUGGCAGAAGAGAAGAUCAAAAAAAAAGCAGCUGCCAGGAAAAUGGAAGAAGCAGAGGCCCGGCGCAGGCAUGAUGAAGAGGCCAGAAAACAAAAAGCACUGCAGCAGGAGGAGGAGGAACGUCGGCACAAAGAGCUAAUGCAGAAGAGGAAGGAAGAAGAGCAGGAACGUGCCAGGAAGAUUGCUGAGCAGAGACAGGCAGAACAGCAGAGAGAGAAACAGCUGGCUGCAGAGAGAGAGCUGGAGAGGAAGAAGGAACAGGAGAGGAUCCAGGCAGAAAAGCUACGUGAACAGCAGGAGAAGGCUGCUCGCCUGCAGAAGGAAGUGUUGGCUGCUCAAGAACAGCUCCACAAGGAGACGGAGAAGAAAGAACAGGAGGAGCAGAGGCUAGCAGAGCUGAAGAGGCAGGAACAAGAACAGAAGAAACUGCCAGAGGAACAAAAGGCUAAAGAUAUAGCCCAAACACAGCACCUAGAAAACAAAGAGAAUUCACCUGCCUGCAAUUCAUACCAGAUGACUCCACAAGCCCAGAAAGAUCCAAAGCCCCCCACAAUAAAUCCAAACAACUAUGGCAUGGAUCUGAACAGCGAUGACUCUACUGAUGACGAAAGCCAGCCUCGCAAGCCCAUCCCUGCCUGGGCCACUGGGAAUCAGCUUAGCCAAGCUGUCAUCCGCCAGUACUACAACCCUCCCAAUGUCGAUGCACUCUUUGGGGUGAUCGCAAGCCCCAAGCUGGAGGACAUCUUUUACAAAAGCAAACCGCGCUACUUCAAGCGCACAAGCUCUGCUGUGUGGAAUUCCCCGCCAUUUCCAGCAAUACGCUUUAUGCCAACACCAAGUGCAAUUAUGUGCGUAAGCUAGAUUGAUACUGAUGUUACUACAGCUCGGGCUGAAAUACCCUGAGGAUUUUAUUGACCUUUCUUCAAGUUGUUGGAGAGAGACGUGACCCUCAGUGUAAUCACGUCUCCAGGAAUACCCAGAGUAGCGUAAGCAGGCUUUGUUGUUCUCGGCUUCGUUAAGAGAAAUUGUACAAAGGUUCUGAUAGAAUUUUGUUUCUCUGAUUUAAAUUCCAUGUCUGUGGCAUAGGUUGGAUUGAAAGAAUGAGUUUAACCUUAAUCCCUACCUUUCUCUUUUCUCCCCUUGGCUGUUUCAUUUGUUCAGCAUCAAAGCUGGUUUUAUUUCUAGGCCUGUUUUGCACUUCAUGCUCAAUAAGACAGUGUCAAAUGGACUGAUAUCAAAACGAUUUCCUCUUAACAGCAAAAUAUCAGCUCAGAAUUCCAGUUCCAAGAGCACUUGGUGUUUUAGUCAUUCUUUCUACACCUAAACUUGCAAAUGGCACAGACACUCAUGUUUUCUCUGUAACAAGCUCCUGUAUAGAGAGAGUAGAGGUUUCAGUAGAACAGUACUUACUGCAAGAUUUUAAGGGAAACACAUUAGUUUCUGUAGGUUGUUGUGGAAGUCUGUCUUCUGCAAAUUAGGCAACCUAUACGGUUCUUACCUCAGAUUAAUCUUUUUCUUGUGGCUUGAUUUGUUUUAAAGAUGGGUGAGUGUUCACGGCUGCAAUUUCAGUAAGCAAAAGACUGAAGAACACCGUUUGUGUACAUACAAGUAGGUCCUUUAAACAAAAACACUGUACGGAGAUUAUACAACGUGUAAGGAGACUUCUGCCUUUCCUUGUGCAUAUAGUUAAUGAACUGUUUGCAAGCAAAUGUCUUUAAAAUGAUGUGGGGUUUUAUAUUUAAAUACACCAACUGCCAGAUGCUAUGCUAUUGAUCAGUGUUUAUAUCUGCGAGAUCAUUGUACUUUGAUAGAUGCUCUGUAGAUUGAGUUUUGUAUCUUAGAAUGAACAUAACCUUUUUGUAAGAAAGCUUGCUGAAAUGGCAAAAACUUUGAAGUUGAAUGCUAUUUGAAUGUCUGACAGUUUGAUAAAAGUGAGUUAAAUCAUC